AUGGAAUUUGGUAAAGAGACCAGCAUGCCUCCUGCCACGGGGGGAGCUGCAGGGCCCCCUCCCUGCUCGAGGGAACCCUGGGUGCAGCUUAACGUCAUGCCCAGGACAAGUUCAAUGGAUAAACACAGAUAUACGGACAUAAAUGCCGCAGAGGCGAACCUGCCAAGGACCUGGGUGGACUGCGACGUCUGCCCCACACCCGGGACACGCUUCUGUCUGCGCCGAAGACCCCCAGUGAACUCCAAGAUGAGGUAUAAAUCAAACCCUACCUCUCUUUAUCCUCAGGUUCGAGCCAUCGCAGCGGGAGACGUGUUGGCCAGCAAAGCAGCUCUGGACCAAGGGGCGUCUCCCGAUGGCAAUAAAAACGACGCAAAGAAACCCAUCCACCUCGCCACUGAACAGGGUUCUCUGGCGAUCGUAGAGCUGCUGUGUACUAGGGGAGCUGACGCUAACGUGCGAGAUCUCUCCAAUGCGGGGAGAACACCGCUACAUAUUGCUAUUAGAAAGAAUUCCCCUGACAUCGUGAAGUUGCUUCUUGAGAAACAGGCAAGACCGAAUGUGACAGACGGGACAGGAGCGACCCCUCUUCACACCGCCAUAGAGAUGAAUGAUAUCACUUCUGCCGGUCUUCUGCUGAAAUAUAAAGCCAAUGUGCAUUUGAAAGACGAAUCACAUAACUUACCACUCCAUAUUGCUGUGAGAAAAAAUAACUGCGAGAUCGUCAAAAUGCUAUUGAAUGCAGGAGCUUCAGUGCAUAUUGUGGAUGCAUCAGGCGACUGGUUGCUUCACGUGGCCGCAAGGAUCGCGUCCACUAGAAUAUUGGAGAAGUUGAAAGAGAAAGGAUGCGAAGUAAACAAACGCAACGCAGAUGGGUCGUCGCCACUGCAUCUGGCUGCUGAGUCGGGCAACCUGGAGGCAGUCAAAUGGUUCACGCACAAUGGAGCAAAAAUCGACGACCUGGAUGGGAAGAAGAAGACACCGGAGGACAGAGCAGUGGGAGCGCAGCAGAACCGUGUGGUGCAGUGGAUAAAUGGCCAUACGGGUCUGAGAGCAGAGCGGGCGAAGGUCAGUCGCAUUUUAGUCAAGGGCGACGUGGAGGCCCUGAGGCAGCUGAUACCACACCAUGACAUAGACGCCCUCUGUGCCAAGGGAAAUAAUAAAGGUCUUCGCGCGGUCCACUACACUGCGAUCGGAGGCCACGUGAAGAUGCUGGAGGUCCUGAAAGAGAGCGAGUUUGACCUCCAGGCCGCCACUCAGCGAGGCUUGACGGCGCUCCACUACGCUGUCAGGUACAAUCACCUGGACGCCGUCAAGUGGCUUGUCACAGAGGCUGGCUUGAGGGCUUCCCUUCGUGACAUGAACGGCAACAGCGCCCUGGACAUGGCGGGACAAGCGAAGAAAGAGCAUAUACAGGAGUAUCUACGAAGGCUGACCGAAGACGACUGGCGACGCGCCCCCCGGCUUGCUACCCUCCCAAGGCGACCCGUGGAAGCAGAGCGAGAGAAAGAACCAGCUAAGGAGGUGGAUCCCAAGCUGACCGAAGACGACUGGCGACGCGCCCCCCGGCUUGCUACCCUCCCAAGGCGACCCGUGGAAGCAGAGCGAGAGAAAGAACCAGCUAAGGAGGUGGAUCCCAAGCUGACCGAAGACGACUGGCGACGCGCCCCCCGGCUUGCUACCCUCCCAAGGCGACCCGUGGAAGCAGAGCGAGAGAAAGAACCAGCUAAGGAGGUGGAUCCCAAGCUGACCGAAGACGACUGGCGACGCGCCCCCCGGCUUGCUACCCUCCCAAGGCGACCCGUGGAAGCAGAGCGAGAGAAAGAACCAGCUAAGGAGGUGGAUCCCAAGGUUGGAUCGCCAUCCUUUUUGUGAAUUAUGUGGUGACAAAAGCAUCAUGCAUUCUUAGUGAUCAACCUUUUGAUUAUUGUUACUAGUUUUAUUGUAAUUUAUGGUAUCUUUGUUGCUGUUGGCAUUAUUUUCAUUAAUGUCAUUCUUGUUGUUCAUCUUGUUAUUAUGAGCGUUACUAUUGGUAUUCUCGUCAACAUUUUCCCGUUAUUCUUAGCAUUAUUAUCUUUGCUAUUGGUAUCAUAAGUUUAUCCAUUUGUUAAUGUUACCGUUAUUAUUUAUAUGAUCAGUAAUACACAUUUUAUUUUAUGUGAUAUGGGUAGGAAGGCUAUUGAUGCGCAUUUCAGUGUCACAUCAGGUAAGGGACUAAACAACUGAUUUCAGAACUUACUGCCCUACCCAGGGUGCCAUGGCCAAUACCCAGGAAUGCUCCAAGAUUCCAGAAUG